CCCUCCUCUCUGAUACGACACGCCCAGUUAUGCUGCGUGUGUCAAACCUUUUAUUUUGGUAAUAGCACAUGGCACCGCGAGCUCAUCCCAGUGAUACCACUGCGCGCGCAACUACAGGUGGUGUUUCGUCGGUGCCACCUUAACUUCUGAAACAAAAGAAGAGAGACACAAGGGACUAUCACCGCUUCAGUGCUCCCACAUUGACGGAGGAAACUCAAAAAGCUGCUUUCUGCUUUGUUUGGUCAGCAUUUUGGAAGCGGUUGUGCUUUCAGUCUGAGGUGAACUGGGACCUGCUUUCUGCUGGGUGUGUGUGAAGUGUUUUGUCGAGAAGCGCGCCGCGAUUUAACAGGUGGAGAAGGCACCUCAAAUCACUGCACUCACCUUGGGUUUUGUCCACCUGAACACUAAAUGGCGCUGACGGUGAACCUUAUUGGUCCUUCACCAUGGGGCUUCAGAAUAUUGGGAGGAAGGGACUUCAAGAAGGCCAUAACUGUAUCAAAGGUCAACGGGGGCAGCAAGGCAGAGCAGGCAGACCUGCAACCUGGUGACAUUAUCUUGGAGAUCAACGGGGAAAACACGGCUGACAUGCUGAACGUGGAGGCCCAGAACAAGAUCAAGAACUCAAAGACUCAGCUGCAGCUGGGGGUGAAGAGACCUGAACCUCCCAGCUCUGGACAGACCAACGGCAUCAGCACCCCUGAGCAGCUCACCGGACGCUUUCAGGAGGCGGUAAUAGUGAGUAGAGAUGAGAAUCAGAACUACAGAGAGUACACAAUCUCCAGCCCUGCGUCUCUGUCCCCCGGACCUUAUUCACCAGAUCCUUUUGGAAGCCCCGACGGGAAGAGGGAGCUGCUGACACCGACCAUCAACAAGAGUGUCCAACUGCGUCCAUGGUCUCCAGAGGAGAAGAGUCACAGGCUGUCCAGACCGCUGUCACAGGAAUUCUCGCCUUCAGACUACAGAAAUAACUCCGUGUCCAGCAGAACCCCGACCCCACCAGGGCGCUACUCCCCCCACAGCCCCAUUGAUCGAGACGUGCCCAUGUCCCCUCGUCGCAGCAGUUCGAGCUCUGACUUUGCCAUGCAGAGGUUCGACAGGGACUCGGAGGUGUACAAGAUGAUCCAGGAGAAUAAAGAGUCCCGCACGGCGCCUCGUCAGUCCAGCACCUUUAAAAUGCUGCAGGAGGUCCUGGAGGCUGACGAGAAAGAGGCAGCCCUGCGGUUCCCAGGAAAACUUUCGCCCAACAUUUCCGCACCAAGCUCAUCAGUGGGAGGAGCUAAAAGAAACCACAUCUGUGAGAAGUGCGGCACCAGCAUUAUCACCCUGGCCGUGCGCAUCACGGACGAGCGCUUCCGCCAUGCAGAGUGCUACACUUGCACAGAUUGCGGUCUUAACCUCAAGAUGAGAGGUCACUUUAGCGUCGGAGAUGUGAUGUACUGUGAGAAGCAUGCCAAAGAGAGGUACCAAGGCCCAGGUUCCCCUCAAGCCGCCGUGUCUCCUCGCCAAUGAGUCUGCCACUCCACACCUGCCCCGCUCUGGACAGAGAGUACUGCUUGUCUGCCUGAAGCUCCACACCAUCUGACUCAGUUAAAGACCUUGGGAUGGGGCGUGGAGGUGGACACUAGUCAACAAAAUGGCAGAGGAUCUUCUUUUUCUGAUCACAUUUAACCAUACUUUGCAAUAUUAUGAUUCACUUUCUUGCCUUUCUUAUAUUCGUAUGAGAAUUGGGGCUUUGUUUUUCAAAGGGCCCGACCUCAGUUCAGUUCAGGUCUUUAUUGUCCCACUGAGAUCAGUUUGGCUUGCAGCAGAGCACGGAUAGAAAGAUGACAGAAGACACGCACAUAACAGUACAAAAGUACAAUCACAAAAAAAUGUAAUACUUUAAGUUAUUCUUAGCUCAAAUGUGGCACAGCUGCCAUGGACUAAAGCCACAUCACAUUGUACUAAGGCCACAUUUACAUAACUCCAACACUUUAGACAAACUCAACAGGACUGCCUGUCUGACCCUCUGAGGAUCGGGACAAUCAUUUGAAUCUCCUGCUGACACAAAGGGACCAAAAUCUGUGGGGGUGCAUGCUUUCACAUGCAGAAGUGUGGUGGCUUCUGCAUGCCUUCCCUGCAGCUGUGUGUGUGUGUGCACAGUUGUUACAGACGCAAAGGAGUUUGUGAAUUUUUGCGCUAGUGUCAGGCCAAAAGCCCUUCAGUUUUUCUACAAUUCUUUUGUAAGCAGAAUUUAUAUUUAGAGAUAAUGAGAAAAAAAAUACACAUUUGCUGAUUUGUUUUGCUGUUUUGUUGCUUAUGAGGGACUUUGAUCAAUUCAAAAUAUACAGAUAUUUUUGAUGUUUUUGUGAUUGAACUGUAUUCUAUAAUGUAGACCAUUUAAAAAAAUUAAUAAAUGCUUAAUGUAUGCACAGGACAUUUAGUGUGAAAAUAAUUGCUACUUCACUUGUCCAGUUACAGCAGUACUCAGAGAUACGCUAUAAUGUUUGCAUUUCAUGUGGCACUUAAUAAAAUCGCACAACCUAAAUCUU